CAGCGAUGUCCGACGGCGUCGAUUUGUUGGGCGAACACGAAAACCAGGCGUCGACGUCGCAAUCAGGGCUUGAAAACAGGCUAAAUGGACACUCGCAUUCAGGAAUUACGCUCGUAUUGCCUUCUCUCAAAGCGCUCAAGGCUGCAAAGGCUGGAAAGAAAUCCAACCUCAAAAGCAUCCCUCCGAAUCAGGAUGGAGACGUCAAGAAAGCUCCAAGACCAGUCAAGUUGAAACCACUCAGGGAAGUCCUCAGUAAACUCAUUGUGCAAAUAAAGAAAAAAGAUGAUUAUGCUUUCUUCAUUCAUCCGGUGGAUCCUGACAAGGUGCCUGGUUAUACGGAUGUGAUAAAAAAUCCCAUGGAUUUUGGCACGAUGACCACCAAGGUUGAACGCGGAAAGUAUCGCUCCCUCGAAGAGUUCUCUACUGACUUCCGCCUAGUCGUCAAUAAUGCUAAGAUAUUCAAUGCUCCCGGUUCGAUAUAUUACAACGAAGCAGAGCGUAUCGAGUCCUGGGGUCUAGAACACAUAUCCAAAGCUUCCGCACACGUCAUCGAGUAUGAAACAAACUGGAACGUCGAAAUCGAGAACGACGACGACGGCACUCCCGUCAAUGUCGACGAAGAAGACACUUCUACAUUGCGAGAUGUGGACGGGAGUCUUCCCGCUGGCUCUCCCGCUCCGUCGACUACCCCGGGUCCUACUAGGAGAGGUCGCGGUUCGAAGAAGAACGCACCCCCAACUAUGUCGGAAAGUUUGGAUGCAGAGGGUCGUUUGCCGGGGUCCAAGGAUGGCGUUGGUGCAUUCCCCCCUGGUUCUGAUUGGGCCGAGAUGAUGGUUGCCCUCAAGAUCAAAGGCAAGCGAUACAAGACCAAGAAAGAAAGGUUACGAUUCGAGAAAGAAGGUCCCCCAUACUACCCUGAUGGCAGCCUCGCCUAUGCUGAAAUGGAGGACCCCUUUUCAGUCCUCAACGUCUUUGUACCUGACCCUCCCUCUCGACCACAGCUAUCCGCUCUAUACCCGCCCUUUCCUACGGAAGGUACUUCCUACACGCCACAAGCCAUACAACUACCCUCAGACCAUCCAUUUCCCCAUCUUACCACCGUCGACACCCGACACACCUAUUUGCCGGGCACCAAGUUGACCGCACAAACUGUCCGCCCUAUAAACAAACGGAAGCAUUGGACGAUCGUACGCCACUCAGCCACCCGAUCUCGACUCAAAGACACAGACCAAGAGGAACUCACGGCAUCAGCCUCGAAAACCUCUCAUGAAGCGUUGCCAGCCGACUGGGGUACGUUUGCGGAGCUUCUCGGUAGGCUGGCUGUAGAUCCGGCUUCACGUGCCAAUACGUGUGCGAGCGAGCAGAAUUUACUUGCGGCACUCCGAAGUAGCAUGUCGUCUAGACAGAUUCCGCACUCGUCCCCUCCAUCAUCGUCACCGUGGCCGUCAACGGAUACAUCUAUCCCUCAAACGGAGUCCGACUUUUGGACGGAUGCAACCGUUAGAAACGGAUGGGAUUAUUUGCUAGACGUGGUAUAUGGUGGUGUCGACGGGUUCGCUUAUGUACGCAGCCUCGCAGAAUUCCUGCGUCGUCCUCCUGAAGUUGAG